UUAUUAUGCAUGGGAAACACUGUGAUCAGAAACACUCAUUAUGAUGAACAUAAAAGUUUGUGCAGGAGCUUAACGACAACCGUUGCAAAAUCCCUCUGCACACAAUCCCAAGAGAAGCAAAAUCACAGCUAUGGAAUUGACGAUGAUGAUGAUGAUGAUACUGAUGGUUGCAAUGGGUUGAGGUACCUGAUCGUACGGCCAGAGAAGGGAGGAAUACGAGACCUGUUUCGGUACACGGUGUUGGCGGACAUUGACUGUGGGGUUCGUUUUCUGGAGAGUUCCGACGAAAAGGUGGUGGGCAGAGUGGCCGCCGUUCACAGAUGGGUCAUAGUGGUCUCGCUCAUUGUUCGCAAAAUUAUAGCAGUUUUUGGGAAGCCCUUGGAGUGGACAGGCUAUGUCGUGGACUUCAUUCUCAACCUUCUUUCACUGAAUGGCGAUUUCACUGGCUUGCUCUUCAACCUUCUCCGCGGAAAAGUUGUGGUGCCGCAGAGGGGAAGUGAAACUUUCAUUAGUACAAUUGGGCAUAUUGAUGGACGGAUAGACCUUUACAAGGGAAAAAGUGAAGGGGAUGUUGAUUUUAAUGGUUCUGUUUCUGAGGAGACAAGGUUAAGAGUAGAAUUGGGAAACCGGGCUCUCAUGGACCUCUGCAUUAUGGCAUCCAAGUUAGCAUAUGAGAAUGCCAAAGUCAUUAGAAAUGUUGUAGUUUAUCACUGGAAGAUGCAUUUUGUGGAUUUCUACGACUGCUGGAAUGAUUUCCAGAAGGAGAUGUCCACCCAAAUAUUCAUUCUAUGUGAUAAGCCUAAAGAUGCAAAUUUGAUAUUGGUCAGCUUCAGGGGCACAGAACCUUUUGAUGCCGAUGAUUGGAGUACAGAUUUCGAUUACUCUUGGUAUGAGAUACCUGAGAUGGGGAAAGUCCACAUGGGUUUCUUAGAAGCCUUAGGUUUGGGCAAUAGAACUAAAGCAGCCACCUUUCAAAAUCACCUUCUUCCGGUGAAAAACACAAAAUUCACCCUCUCGGAAGGCACCAAAUCAUUAUCCUCAAACUCUGAUAUGGGACAAGGCAGGAGUAAAUUGGACCAAUCUUCUGCCUCUGGAGAGUCUUUUAUUACUGGUGGCAAGAUGAUUCCACCAGAAAUGGUGGAAAAGACUGCAUAUUAUGUUGUAAGAAGUACACUGAAAAGCUUAUUGGAGGAGCACAAGAAUGCAAAAUUUGUAGUCACAGGGCAUAGUUUAGGUGGUGCACUUGCCAUAUUGUUCCCAACAGUACUGGUUCUGCAUGAGGAGACGGAGAUGAUAGGUAGGUUAUUGGGCGUCUACACGUUUGGACAGCCUAGAAUUGGGAAUAGGCAGCUAGGAGGCUUCAUGGAAAAGCAUUUGCGUUAUCCAGUCCCAAAGUACUUCAGGGUGGUCUACUGCAAUGACCUUGUUCCUAGGUUGCCUUACGAUGAUAAAACUUUCUUGUAUAAGCAUUUUGGGGUGUGCCUUUAUUAUGACAGCCUAUACCAUGAACAAAGAAUGGUGGAGGAACCAAACAGAAAUUUUUAUGGGAUAACAUACCUGAUCCCGGAGUAUCUGAAUGCUGUUUGGGAGUUGAUCAGAAGUUUAACAAUGGGAUAUACGUAUGGGCCAGAGUAUAAAGAGGGGUGGUUUUCUAAAAUGGCAAGACUAUUAGGACUCGCACUUCCUGGUAUCUCUGCUCAUUGCCCCACAGAUUAUGUGAACUCCGUGAGGCUCGGACAGGAACGCAACAGUCAGACGUUUGAAUGAUGCUCCAUAUUGUCAACUGAGUUGCAGUCACCAAGGCAAGGAAUCAAACUUUUGAAUGCCUUCAUAGAUGGGUAACAAUAUGACAGUGUGACACAGUGUUUUUUUGGUGUCAUAUGCAAUAUCAAGGUUUGUUUUUUAUUUUAUUUUAUUUCACUUUUUUCAUUUUUAAAUUUGAUGUUAGUGAAUGAGUCUC